GAAAAAAUAAAGGCUGUGAACGUCCCCAGUUGCAGUGAUAACUCUCCACCAGUAGAUGGCGGUAGUCAGUAAGCCUGAACGGGUUUGGUUUGUUUACAUCCGGAACAAUGGAGACCAUCAUGGAGCUCAAAAGCGCCAUCAGGGAGACUCUAGAGGCUCGCGGCGUUCUGCCCGAACUAAGGGCGCGCAUGCGAGCGGAAGUGUUCAGUGCCCUGGAUGAGCAGCACGAGUCUCAACCGCCGCUGUCCCAUGAAAACCUGAUCAUCAACGAGCUCAUCCGGGAGUACCUGGUGUUCAACAGGUACAGGCACACCGCCUCCGUUCUCACAGCAGAGUCCGGGCUACCUGAAGCUAACUUGGACAGACAGUUUCUGGCAGACGAGCUGAAGGUGUCACAGGAUGCGAGCUCCAAGUCUGUACCUCUUCUGUAUGGCCUGGUGUCUCACUUCAUGAACAGCGGUGAUGACAGAGGACGGGUGUUUCUCCAGGGAGGAGCUUCUGUAAAACCACCUCCAGGAGCUCCUCAGUGAAUACUGAAGUUUGAAGAAACUCUGGUUUUUAGUUCCUGUUCAGAAGACAUUGCAGCUGAUGCAUUCAAGGGUUUUAAAAGUCCUUGUGUAAAAUAUUGAAUGUUGUCAUUUAUGGUUUUGUCUUAAGGAUAAAUCUGCUGUUGCUGGUUUUAAUAUCUGUUGCUCUUAGAUGUUUAAAUUCAUAAAAAUGUUUUUAUAUAUUUUGAGAUGUUAAAAAUAAACUUUUGUGCCAAACGCUGA